CGUUUCAUCCCAUCGAGGAAUACAUGCGCUACGUCGACGAAUACUUCGACGACCUCAGCCUGACCAGCCCCAACGUCAAGAGAAGAGUUUACGUCGCCUCUGACGACCCCAGCGUCAUCAAGGAUACCAGGAGCAAAUAUCCUAACUACGAAGUUCUGGGCGACCCUGACAUAGCCAAGAGUGCCGCCCCCGCUACCCGCUACUCAGACUCUGCUCUGAAGGGCAUCAUCGCUGACAUUCACUUCCUCUCACUCACGGACUACUUAGUGUGCACCUUCUCGUCGCAGGUGUGUCGGAUAGCGUACGAGGUGAUGCAGACGAUGCACCCCGACGCGUCGUCCGCCUUCCACUCGCUGGACGACAUUUAUUAUUACGACGGCCAGAGCUCCCACAACCAGAGGGCGCGCUUCGACCAUGUGCCUCGCAGCGGCUCAAACGAAAUGGCUUUGACGAAGGGCGACAUCAUCGGCAUUGCAGCGAACCACUGGAACGGCUACUCUAAAGGCGUCAACAAACGCACCCGUCAGAGCGCCCUCUACCCGUCCUACAAAGCUGAGGACGUGGUGGUCACGGCAGACUGUCCCUCGUACGAGGAAGUUAGAUUAAAUAGCAAAAGCGAUAGUAUCCCUGACAUCGCAAAUCACAAACGUGAUGUAUUAAGUAAUAGUUUAGAGAGAGAAAAUAAAGUUACUUAACUAAGGCUACAUAGCUUAUUCCAGUGCCAAAGUUUUGUUUUUCUUCUACGUUAUACGAAGCGUGGACCGUUUUAUCGUACGUCACUUCUCAGUUCUCACAAUUUUUCUUAUAUAGUAUAUAUGGGCCUUUUGAUGACAUUGAUAGUCUUAAGACGACAUUUUGUUCCAAAUUUUGACAAAUGGGAACAUUAUUCCAAUAAAAUGCCACUUUUACAGAUUAUAAUAAGAUUUUUUUAUUUAUUUCUGUUAUCUACGUAUGAAACCGGCAAUGAGUCAUGCUGGAUGCGAUUCCGAUAAUUGUU